CGACUCUCACGCCGCGACCGCGACACCGCGACUGCUGAGACCGCUGAGAUCCCGUGACACCGCGACAUCCGAUACCGUGACGCCGCAACACUGCGACUCCACAACACCGCGACACCGACACGCGACACCGAACGCACUGAGAUCAACACCAUGGCGCCUGUCGAGACCGACGCGGCCGCGCGCAGCAACAACACGCCGAUCCUGCUCUUCGGCGGCCAGACGUUGCUCGUCGCCGGCCUCACUGCCCACGUCCUGCUCACCACGCGCCGCGCCGCCAAAGCCCUGCCGCCGUCGACGCGCACGCGCACGCAGAACGACCUGCGCCGCCGCCAUGCGCGCAUCUUCUCGGCUAUUGCCGCGCUCUCCCUCGCCAGCGUCACGGCCUUUGCCGUCGUCUGGCGCGUCAUGUCGUACGUGCAGUGGGCCGAGCUGGGCCAGCACAAGACGCCCGGCAGCCUGUGGCAGGGCUGGUACGGCACGGGCGACGACGGCGUCGGCAACUGGCACCUCGGCGACUGGAUCAAGGACGUCGACCUGCUGCGCGAGUCGGACGCCGUCGCCAUCCUGCGCCCCGAGGGCUUCUUCUACACGGCCCAGCACUUCAUGGGCCUGCUGGCCAGCGCCGUCUUCAUCGGCGUCGAGGGGCACCGCCGCAACCUGUCGCCGUGGGCCAUCGCGUCGUUUGUCGUCCUGGGCGCCUACGGCAGCCUCGCCUACUCCCUCAGCCUGUUCUUCGUCACCGUCCUGUACACGCCCUUGACCGUCCACAGCGCCGACACGCCGCUCGACGACGCCCUCUUCACCCCUCGCCCCGUCGUCUACUGGGGCCCCGUCGUCGCCUCGCUGCUGGCCCUCAACGAGCUGCCCAAGCUGCUGGCCCACGGCGACGUCUUCCGCAUCCUGCGCGCCGGCCGCGUCCUCGUGCCGCUGCUGCUCGCCUUCGCCCCGCAAAUCACCCCCGUCAGCCUGGGCGUCGCCCACCGCUCCAAGGCCGCCGCCCACCGCUCCUACGCCUCCGUCUUCCACUUCAUUGCCAUCGUGUCCGUCGUCUUCUACGCCCGCGUCCUGUACCUCAACGUGCGCGACUCGGUCCCCGCCCCGCCCAACCCCGUCUGGGACCUCUUCGCCAACGCCGUGGGCCGCGACACCUCGCAGACCAACCGCCUGCUGCAGGCCUUUGGCAUCUUCGCCCGCAAGCUGCGCACCAUCUCGCAGCACCCCGCCCUGACCAUCACCUCGCUGGACGUGCUCUUCACCACCCUGUCGCUGCUGACCUGGACCUUCACCCGCGACCUCGACGUCGAUGCCCUGCUCAACGCGUCGAUCCUGUCCUUCCUCGCCCCCGCACACCACCACCGCCUCUUCGAGCCGCUCAUCCGCCGCCUCGACGCCGCCACCAACCUCUCCGACCCCGCAAACGUCAUCCCCACCACGACUCCCCGCAAGCGCGCCCGCGCCUCCGCCGCAGACAAAGCCGCCAUCGCCGAGGCCGCCUCGUCUCCAGACCCUGCCCGCUCCACCCGCCGCUCGACCCGCCGCUCCGCCCUCGCCGCCUUCGACAACGCCGUCGAGGAAGUCACAGGCAGUCCCGCGUCGCCCGCGCAGCCGACCACCGACGCAGCACCCCGCGUCUCGCCUUCGCCCUCGCUGCCUGACGACGACAACGACAUCGACAACGACAACGCAGACGCUUCGUACGUGCCCGACGCCCAGACCGCAGAGGACCUGCGCCAGACGGAGAUGGACGGCGCUGUGUCGGACGAGUACGCCGAGGCUGCUGAGAGCACGGGGUUGGCGCUGUUUUUGGCUUUCUUGGGGGGCGUGGGGGGCGUUGGGGGGGCUGUGUUGGGGGCGGAGGUUGCUUCGUGA